CGCCGCGCCGCGGCGGAGGGAGGCCGCGGGGCGGGGAGUCCUCUCUCUUCCUGGGUUCUUGGCUCACGCCUGCCCCGAUAAUUCUUCUUAGCAGCGACUGUUUUUGGUCCCCUCCUCUCAGUACGUCCCGUGUCCUCCUCCGUGCGAAGGCCUCCUCCUCCUCCUCCUCCUCCCCUUCCUCCCCCUCCUCUCUGCUUGGCAUCCCGAGUGUGGCUUCCCUGGCUCCCGCUGGCUCCAGCGCGCGGUGAUAGGAGGGCAGCGGGUCUUCAUUGCAGUUCCCCACGCGCAAACCCGAGCUCUAACGUUUAGGAGAUACCGCUCGGCUGUUGUUGCCUUCCGACUGUGUCGUGAGCUUGUGAUGGAGCGUGUUAGGGUUCCUCGUGGAUACGCUCGUUAAGUGUCUGUCUGUCUAUAUAUGUACAUGCAUUCACAGUAGAAGUUACUUUAAGCGUAAAUCUGCAUAGUAGUGGUCCAUUAGGCUGAUUUUAAAGAUUUUUUUCCCUUCAGAUCACAGAGUUGCUCAGAGGCAAGGCAGCUGUAUGGUGGUGGUUGGCCUGAGGAAAAGGGAACCUGACUUCUUCCCUCCGUGUCUUACAGAUGUUGGCUGUGGUGAGAUCCACCUCUCUUUCAGUGAAGCGCAGCAGUGUGUUUCACUUCUCCGGGAUUUCACCUCUGUCUUCCAUAAACAUGUUUUUUCUUGAGAUGUUUAGGUCUAUUUAAUAUUAAGACAACUGUUGACUUAAAAACUCUUGAAACCCUCCUCCAGGCACAUUAUUUUUGGAUUUAUUCCUGUUUCUCAUUUUACAAUGGUUUAUUGCUCAGCACUGAACUGUCAAAAUGCUACCAGUGGGGUGUAUAAAAACAGUACAGUUACUUUCUAUGGUUUUCCUUUACAAAAUAAACCCCUUUUAAAGCAGUGGAUUCACAACAUGGGUCGUGACAUGGGAACACCUUCUAAACAUCAGCGACUGUGUUCUAAGCAUUUUGAGGACAGUUCUUUUGAAAUUGACCCCUUAAAAAUGAGAAAAAACAGACGUCUACUGAAAGAAGCUGUUCCCAAAAAAUUCAUUUUGGGUGAAGAUGGAAACUGGCUUGUUGGAACACCUCGAAGUUUCUGUGGUGGAAUAAGUAAUAAAACUCGAAAACGAAUCCGGAGUCCCGAAGGCUUCAAGGACCCUGGGACAUUUGAUAAUGUUGCAGCCCAUGAGGGGAAGAACUUAGAAGAUUGGCAGAAAGAACUUUACGAAAAAGUGAUAAAGGAGAAUUAUGAAUCUUUAACCUCACUGGGUAAAGACCAUCCCGCUCCCCAAAAUGACACCCAGUCACAAGAAGCGCUGCAUGUCAAGGAUCAGCAAGAUAUUGAGGAAAGAUACAUUUCUGCAAGUCUUAGCACAGGUUUCGGUGGGACUGUGAUCACAUCUGAGAUGCAGAGUCAUGCACAGAGUUCAGAGAACAUAAAACUGCAUGGAUCAUUUUCAGGAGAAUCCCAAGACCUGAGCUGCCACGUUUCAGACCAGGAGGUAACUUUUGAGAGUUGUCAGAAUUCAGAUGCAGAUCAGGCAAUGGGAAGCAGAACAGGUAACAACGCUCUUGGUGACAGAGAAUCUACUAAAUUCAAAGAGAUUCAUUUUUACCAGGAAGGCCACACAGGAGAAAGACUUUAUCUGUGUAUAGAAUGCAAGAAGACUUUUAAACUGAAAAUAGGACUUCUAAAACAUAAGCAAAUUCACACCAAGAAGAAUCAAAUAUCAUCAUACAUAUGUACGGACUGUGGUAAAAGCUUUGGUCGGCAUGCAGAUCUGAUUAGACACCAAAGAACUCACACUGGAGAGAGGCCUUAUAAAUGCACAGAAUGUGAAAAAAGUUUUACAGAAAAACCAAGACUUACGAAUCACCUGCGAACGCAUAACAUUUACAUGUAAUCCAUGUGCCAGAAGUUUAUUGGGAUAGACUUUCCAUUCAUUUGUGAAAAAAGCUACCCAGAGAUGAUGGCUUAUAGUCGUAUAUUGAUUAUAGGGGAAGCUUUAAGAUGAGAGCAGUUUUAUUCAAUUGAAUCAAAUUCAAAUAUGAAAUGCAUCUGGUUGGUGCCAGCUUAAUAAACAUUGAUUAGUAGCAGAUUUUAAUUAGUGGCCAGAUGAUUCAUAUCUGGGAGGGGGAGUGUAUAGAGCUGUGACUGUACCAAAGGCAUGAUUAAGGGAAAAAAAAAACAAAAAAAAAACAAAACAAAACAAAAAAAAAACAGAAGCACCAGACAGCCUAUACUGGAGAAUGCCUGUAUUAAUGCAGGAAAACACUGGAAGCUUUUCAGAUACGAGAAGACUGUGAAAGAUCAGCACAAAAUAUUUAGAUCAGAACAGGAAUGUCCGCAGAGUUAUAAGCAGUAAAAUGGGGCUUCUGAGAGCUUACAAUACGGUAAAUAAUUGCGCUUGAUGUAAGAAUAGCAAAAAGAUGUUAGUUCAGCACUUAGAGUAGUAGGACAGUAGUGGUGGCAGGGAAAGCACAGUUGCAUGGAAAUCAGAAUCACACGGGUGCUUCCAACAUCUGCGUACAGUGGGUGAGGUGCUGGAUUUGGUUCUGAGGUUCUGGAGGAGAGCAAGGGUGUAUUCUUAACAUAUGUGCAAAGUAUAUGUAAAAUUACUGUUCUCUGUAAACUAAAGAAACAAGUGAUAGCAUCAUGUACAGAGACAAGAUUAACAAACAGGAAGAGACAAGUCCUGUGGAGACAGUGUUGAUAGAUCAUGCGUCUUCUCUCUGCAGCAUGGGGAGGAUCUGCAGUAUUUUUUGCUUAUUCCAGUUGAGUGCAAAGAUUGAAAAACUAGUGUAACUUCCUAGUUCAAAGUACCUGUUUUGUAGUAAGACCUUGAAUUAAGGUGCUAUUCUCAGCUUCCUAUGAGAAAUAGUAGGAGCAGGAAAAUAAGGGUGCAGUGAAGAAGUGUGAUAAAUUCUGAGGGCCAUUGUGUAACAUGGUUGUCCACAUUAGGAUGGUACUAAACUUGGCCCAAGAGAUCCCUGCCAGUCCUAAAUAUGGGUAUAGCUUACAGAAAAUUUUUUCCCCAGCUUCUCAUUAUUUCUUUCUCAUAAAUUGCCCUGGGACAGCUUUUUUGUUGUUGUUCUCCCACAUAAUUUAAUAUCUCACUAGUCCCAAGCAGAACCUCAAUGAAAGAGCUCCUGCCUCCUUCCCCGCUGUUGUGCAAGCGCAGAGCUAAGGAGCGUCCAUCCAGGGAAAGCCUGGGCAGAGGCGGUCACUUCAAACAGAACUUGUAUGCUCCGAAAUGCAAAUACUAAUGCUUGUGUAGCGGGUUAAAUGGAGACGGAGAUUAAACGGGGUUAGAGAGGCAAAGCCACGCAGCAGUGGGGCUAUUCUAAAUAAUGAUUAUGUGUAGUUUCACUUGUUCAAGAUUCUAAGCAGAUCUCAGCAUUAGCAGUGGACACAGUGAGAAUGGACAGCCAGAGGAACUGUGGUUUCUGUAAAGAAUGUUCUGGAUUUAUCUGAACGGUAAAUAUUCAGAUUUGUAGGGAGAUGUGGAGUCAGAAAAACAAGGCAUUUCAACAUGAAGUUGAUAUCCUAAGAAAUGAGUGUCUGAAGUACUGAAACUAGGAGACUCUGUAUCGAUGAUUUUUGUGAAAAUCUUAUUUUCAAUUUGCUAUGAGUAAAAGGGCUUUGAUUUGGCAAGAAAAGUAUAGGUAACAUCCUUCCUGUCUGACCUGAGACUCGGAGCAUGCACAAUAAGAGAAAUGUGUAACUUUAAGGUUAGAGAUGUCUUCUAAAGGGCUUGAUGAAGUAUUUUCUCCUUGUGACAUUAAAAAAUGCAGAGAUUUUAAUGGGUUUUAAAUGAAAAGGAAAAUAAAAGGACUUGUCAAGCCUUUCAGCUUUGAAGAUAAGUUUUACUGACUUCGUUUCUAACAAAUACAGAUCCUCUUUCAGUUCCAUUGAUAUUAGUAGAAAUUUUGCCUUAAUUGAGAAUGGGCUUAGCACCUUAAUAAUUAAACAAAUAGUUUGUGUGCUAUAGUAAUCAUUCUCUCUCAACACACUACAAUUACAUAAUAUAAACUCCAAAAUCAGUUAUUUCUGAAGCUGUAUUUAAACAGUGUCUUUUCAGACUCCAUGAAAAAUAACACUAAAACUUAAAGUGUAAUAAAGAUCUAUGGCCAGUGGUAAAGGACGUGACACAUUGUUAAUACACAGUGGUUACUUGGAUAGGACAUUUCUGUUCCUUCUGUAUCCAAAAAGCAAUUCACUGUAGAGCAAAUUACCCUGUUUUCAAGAACAUGUUUACCUAUAUAGAGUAAAAUGCCCUCUUGUACGUGCACUUUUAUUGGUCAGUGCAUUUCUUCAGGUACCUUACUGUGUUAUGAGACAAAAAUGUCCCAUCUGUUACCAUGGCUAAAUAAUCUGCACUAUAAAUAUACUUCUUAAAUUAAAUAUGCUAUACACACACACACACACACACACAUAUAUAUAUAUAUAUAUAUAGCAUAAGUUUAGCAUCAGAAAGCCCAGCAACAUAUGCCAUUAUCCUAGUCCAAAAUGUAGACUAAAGUAGAAUAGAACAAGCUUGAUUGAAGUGUGAUAAAAAUACAGUAAUUCUUUAGUCUAGUAUCUGGUAGAAAUACUUGGGAAGUCAAGAUAGGAAACAAGUAGGAGGGAUGUAUACACUAGCCAUUCUUUGCCUGAGUCUUCCUAUAAAAACACAUGUGCAGGAAUCAUGAGAUUCUCUGAAUUCUUCUCUGGGAGCUUUUGUUUCAAUUCUCUUCAAUCAUGGAGUCUGACCUUCUGUAGAACAAAUUCUGUUCUGAACCUUGUAGCAGGGAGAGUAAGAAAUCUAAGUGAUUAUCAGUAUAUUUGCCUUUAGAAAUACUCUUCAUGCAUCAGGAAAUACCAGCUACUGUGUAAACUGUUGUUUGUGCAGUCACAGAAAAAAAGUCAGAUCCUUGGCAAAUUAGGUAUUUAUUAAAGAGAACUUACAAUUCUUUUUUUUUCUAAAAUAGUUACUGGUCAUGUUCAAUCUAAAAAUGUAAAGCUUACCCUGAUAUAUAACACCUUAUUAAGAAUAACAGUGACAGAAACACAUUCAAGAAUAAAAUAUUUGUAGUUUUAAGAACUAAAUUCUGCUAAGUGGUAGAAACAAGCUCUGGAUGUAGCAUAUGAGGGUUUUCUGCCCUGUUUUGACUGUGCUUUAUGGUUUGCCAUCUUAAGAGUCCUUUUCCAUUCUGCUCUGUUCAGCUUAUAAAUUAAAGAUUAUCUGGCAUUUUAUGACUAAUGUUGACAAUAGAUUGUUUCUUUUUAAAGUUUUUCUGUACUUGUCUGUUUUUAUUGAUCUCCUCAAAUGAAGAAUCUCAUCUCCUGUGUUUGACUGGUGCCUUGUAUGCUGUGGGUGCUACUGAAAUGCAAAUAAAUAAUGAACUACA